AUGUCGGAAGAAGAAAAGAAACUAAGCAAAAAUGAGCAGAAGAGGUUGGCUAAACAAGCUCAGAAGGAAAGGGAACGCCUGGAAAAGGAGGCAAAGCGUCUUGCAGGAUUGGACCAAGCGAAUGCAAAGCCCGAAAAGGUAGAGGUCGUCAAAGAGGCAGACCCAUCCGAUCCGCAAGAGUACUUCAAUAUGCGAGUGGAUAUGAUCAAUAAAAGACGAGAAGCUGGAGAAAAUCCGUUUCCGCAUAAGUUCAACGUAUCCAUUUCGCUUGCUGCUUUUGUAGAAAAGUACGAGCGGCUCCAGAAAGAAGAAGUCUUGGAAAAUGAACCUGUCAGCAUUGCUGGACGCAUUUACUCGAAGCGUGAAUCUGGAAAGAACCUUGUGUUCUACGACGUGCAUAGUGGAGGUACUCGUCUGCAGGUGAUGGCAAAUGCAAGAUACCAUAAAGCAGGUGGUGAAAACUUCACGCUUGUUCACGAUAGGAUCAAACGUGGUGAUAUUGUGGGAUUCAUCGGCUUCCCAACCAGGACUAAAACUGGAGAACUCUCCAUUCUUCCUACUGAAGUCGAGCAGCUGACACCAUGCCUUCGAAUGUUGCCUCAUUCGCAUUAUGGUCUGAAGGACAAAGAACUGAGGUAUCGUAUGCGAUAUCUGGACUUGAUCGUCAAUCCGGAAGUAAAGGACAAAUUUGUCGUUCGUAGCAAGUUGGUCACGUUUUUGCGUAGGUACCUGGACAACCUUGGUUUUCUCGAGGUUGAGACACCAAUUAUGAAUCAAAUAGCCGGUGGUGCCACAGCUAAGCCAUUCAUAACCCAUCACAAUGAGCUAGCCAUGGACCUUUUUUUGAGGGUUGCUCCCGAGUUGUAUCACAAGAUGCUUAUUGUCGGUGGUAUCGAUCGUGUCUAUGAGAUUGGACGAUUGUUCCGAAAUGAAGGAAUUGAUAUGACGCACAAUCCUGAAUUUACCACUUGUGAAUUCUACAUGGCAUAUGCCGACUAUGAGGACGUGAUCCGUUUGACAGAAGAUUUGCUCAGCAAGAUGGUGAUGUUUAUCCACGGAAAAUACAAAAUUAUGUAUCACCCCAAUGGACCUGGAACUGAACCAGAGCUCGAGAUUGAUUUUACUCCACCAUUCAAGCGUGUAAACAUGUACGAGGGCUUGGAGAAGGCGCUAGGCAUUAAAUUGCCACCUCCGGAUACUUUGAAGACUGAGGCGAAUACAUUCUGCUCUACUACUGACAGCCAUUUAGAAUCGCGUCAAGUGUUUGACCGAUUAUGCCAAGAGAGAGGAGUCGAAUGUACACCACCUCGCACCACGGCUCGUUUGUUGGACAAAUUGGUUGGAGAGUACUUGGAAAGCACAUUUGUUUCUCCAACGUUCCUCAUUGGUCAUCCGCAAAUCAUGAGUCCAUUGGCUAAAUGGCAUAGGUCUAUUCCUGGCUUAACUGAAAGAUUCGAGUUAUUCGCCGCUAUGAGAGAGGUGGCCAAUGCCUACACGGAGUUGAACGAUCCUAUCACUCAGCGAAUGACUUUUGAACAACAGGCCGCGGAUAAGAGUGCUGGAGAUGAUGAAGAACAAAUGAUUGACGAGAAUUUCUGCACUGCUCUUGAGUAUGGGCUUCCACCUACUGGAGGUUGGGGAAUGGGAAUCGAUCGCUUGGCUAUGCUUCUAACGGACAGCAAUAACAUCAAGGACGUACUCUUCUUCCCAGCCAUGCGACCGGAUGAUCAAAGUCAGGGCCAGGGCCCUACAACGAAUGGUGAAGAUUCUCAGACCUGUUAA